AUGUCUUCACCCAAAACUACACCACAUUGGAAACAAUACAACCGAUUACCCACAAAGAAAUAUCACGACCCGUGGGCACGUCGCGAAGCUUGGCGACACCACGAAAUGUUUUCUCCGCGGUACCAGUUGAUGCGGUUGAUACCCGGGUUCACGUGGGGUGUUGCCGCUUUCAUAGUUUAUCUUGGAGUGGAGAAGGUUUGA